AUGAUCACUUCCUCUCUAUCUACAGUAUCCGGUAUCGAACUUUCCUUGAGCAACCCAGACAAAUGGAAGCAAUUCUAUCCUCAAACUGAAAUGAUUGUCACAAGAAAAGGUCGUCUAUUGUUCCCGCAUUUGAAUUACAUUCUGAAAAGGUUGGAUCCAAAUGAGCUGUAUGGCGUCUUCAUUCAUUUCGAGAGAGUAGAUAAUAACAGGUAUCAAUUCCUUCAUAAUAAGUGGAAUGUGUUUGGUAAAGGCGAUGAAGUUCGACAUAUUAAAGUGGAACAACACUUAGAUGGGUGGAGAACGGGAAGUUAUUGGAUGACAAAACCAGUCUCAUUCGAGCAUGUCAGAAUCACUAAUGACCCAGAUCUCAAAAAAUCUAAUACAUUUGUGUUGCAAAGCAUGCACAAAUUUAUACCUGUAAUUGGGAUUCAGAAGAUGGGAGAUUCGAAAAUUGAGGGAUUCCGAUUGGAUGUCACAGAGUUCAUGGCUGUCACUGCUUAUCAGAGCUCCGACGUUAUUGCACUGAAAACCAAAUUGAACAAGUUCGCACGCGGUAAGGAUCUACCAUCUGGCUCAGCUAAACCGUCCCGUGGAACUAAGCGUCCAGCCACGUCUCCCGCAGUGCUCCCCUCACCACCAUCGUCGUCUGAGCCCAGUUCGGUGUCACCACCUCAUCUUCCAUCUGAAACGGUGUCGCCACAAGAGAGUCCACCAUACAGUCGAUUGCCAUCAAUCGAAUCGAUGGUGUCCUCAGCAUCACAUUCUGGCUAUCAUGCACCAGUCACAGCGAGUCCACCUGAAAGCACUCAAACUACUGGAUAUUCAUAUUACACUCAUGAAAAUGCUCAGGCUCCAAUGAAUAAUGAGAACCCAACUGAACAAAUGCAAAUGCACCAAAUGAAUGAGAUGUCGUGGUACCCAAUGGAUAUGCAUCAGGAUAUGGGGAAUGAUAUGGUACCAGUUAUGGGAAGAGAAAUGCCUGGAAUGGCUUCACAGAUGCCAAAUGGGAACUUUUCACCAAUGGCGGAGAAUAUCCUUGAGGAAAUGCCAGUGUUGACAAAUUUGGACUCAUGGAAUACGAAGAACACGAAUGAUAUGCCAAACUUGGGGUCUCCCUAUUAUCAAUAG